GUUCAUAUUUCUUGGAAUUCGAAACCGAACGUUAUAUCUAGGAAAUUCAAUUAUUUUAUUUUAUUUUAUUUAUUUUAAAAAAAUAUCUAGAGUGUCUCCGUCCUCACCAGCGCCCAUUACUCUCCGAAGAGUCUCAACUCAAUAUAUUUCCCGUUUUUUUCAGAUUCAAUGAAGAAUGCGAAGCUGUUGCUGAGUCUUAAACUUGGAUUCGUUAUUUUGCUCUGUUUCUGGGCACACCGUUUUGUCUUCUGCUGAUCUCUUCGUCAGUUUUCGAGCCGAUCGGAUGAAGGGAUAAAGAGGGAUAUGAUUUGCCCAUAAUGUUCUUACGCAUCUUCGAUUGUUUCCUUUUUGUGGGCUGCGAAAGAUUCAUCUGACUCGUCAAUCGCCAUCUUCUUCGAGAAGGGGAUUUUGGAAGCUUUGAUUGAACGGGGAGAUGGGUUGUUUCUCGUGUUUCGAUUCGAGGGAAGAGGAACAGCUGAAUCCCCAGAAAGAGAAAAAGAAUGAUCCACUGGAAGUCCAGCCUUCGGUUCCUUCCAACAUCUCCAAAUUGUCUUCUGGAGCUGACAGGCUCAAAUCAAGAAACAAUACGAGUUCAAGAAGAGAAGCAUCCAGUCCUAAGGACGGGCAUGAUGUUAAUAUUGCUGCGCAAAUAUUCACAUUUCGCGAGCUCGCAGCUGCAACGGGUAAUUUCAGGUCAGAGUCUUUCUUGGGAGAAGGAGGAUUUGGCCGUGUAUACAAAGGUCAGCUUGAAAGCACAGGGCAGGUUGUUGCUGUUAAACAAUUAGACAGAGAUGGUCUUCAGGGAAACCGGGAGUUUUUGGUAGAAGUUCUAAUGCUCAGUCUUUUACAUCACCCUAACCUGGUGAAUCUGAUUGGAUACUGUGCUGAUGGGGACCAGCGUCUUCUUGUGUACGAAUUUAUGCCCUUGGGAUCAUUGGAAGAUCAUCUUCAUGAUCUUCCACCUGACAAGGAGCCACUUGACUGGAGCACAAGAAUGAGGAUAGCUGCUGGUGCAGCCAAAGGUUUGGAAUACCUGCACGACAAAGCAAACCCUCCAGUUAUUUAUAGGGACUUCAAGUCAUCCAACAUAUUACUGUGCGAAGGAUAUCAACCGAAGCUUUCUGAUUUUGGGCUCGCAAAGCUUGGUCCUGUUGGAGAUAAGUCGCAUGUUUCCACCAGGGUCAUGGGCACUUAUGGUUAUUGUGCUCCGGAGUAUGCCAUGACAGGACAACUAACGGUCAAAUCCGAUGUGUACAGUUUUGGAGUAGUCUUCUUAGAGCUCAUCACAGGACGUAAAGCCAUAGACAGUACCCGACCCCAUGGCGAACAAAACCUUGUCUCUUGGGCACGUCCAAUGUUCAACGACCGCCGAAAAUUUGUGAAAUUGGCAGAUCCACAGUUGCAGGGUCGAUUCCCAAUGCGUGGUCUCUACCAGGCUUUAGCUGUAGCAUCAAUGUGUAUCCAAGAGCAGGCUGCGACCCGUCCUCUGAUUGGAGAUGUUGUCACCGCCCUCUCCUACCUGGCAAAUCAGGCAUUUGAGCCUAAUGCACCUCUUGGUCUUGGGCAUAACUAUAGAAGUUUGGGGGAUAAGGAUGAGAGGAGAAGCAGAGAUGACCGAGGUGGAAGAACAGGGAGGAAUGAGGAUGUGGGUGGUUCAGGAAUCAAAUGGGAUUUGGAAGGGUCAGAGAAGGAGGACUCCCCGAGAGAAACAGCGAGGAUGUUGAAUCGAGAUAGGGAUAGAGAACGAGCCGUUGCUGAGGCCAAGAUGUGGGGAGAGAAUUGGCGGGAAAAGCAGCGACAGACUGAGCAGAGCGGUUUCAACAGCGUUAAUGUAUAAUAUAUUAAUAUGCGAUCGAUCGCGCCAUGAACAUUGUAAGCAAUCACUUUCUUUUGAUUAGGUCCUUUCUCUGAGAGCUUGUUUCGGCCUUUCGAACUGUUAAAAAUUCAUAGAUAUUAGUAGAGGUGGCUCUUGGCGAGGGACUUGGUGUUUACACAACCCCCUUCUUUUUUUUUUUUCGUCUUGAAACAUUAUAUUAGAAGAUGAACAAAACCCAUAAAUGGAAGUGUACAUUCUCUAUAAGAAGAAUGAGAGCAGAAGGAUUUGAAGUA